UCUCUCAACCAUCAGAGAGGAGAACACACAGGAGCUGACACGAGUCACACAAAAAGUCACAGAAUCUCAACUACCGAAGUCAGACCUUUAAAAGAUGAAGACAUUCAGUGUUGCUGUCGCAGUGGCCAUCGUAGUGCUCACCUUUAUUUGUAUUCAGGAGAGCGCUGCCACGUAUACUGAGGUGGAGGAGGCAGUUGGUAACGACAAUCCAGCUGCAGAACAGCAAGAGAUACCAGUGGACUCAGGGAUGAUGCCAUAUACACUUCACUCACAGAAGCAUCGCAGGUGUCGCUUCUGCUGCGGCUGCUGCACUCGUGGUGUUUGUGCACCGUGCUGCAAAUUCUGAGGAUUCCUGCUCGAACAGCCAUUCAAUAUCCAUUACUUGUGAUAUAUGUCUUGAAGCACGUUAACUUGAAGUUUUCGCAUACUUCAUGUGGUCAUGCAGUACUGUUUGUGUGCUCAGUUAUGUGACUGCAUCAUCCACAUACUUAACUUUUGAAGGUGUUUUAUCAAUAAAUGU